GGCUAAAGGGGAAGGCGGAGAGGAGUAUGACUCAAGUCAUUCUAAUAGAACAUUGUCUUUUCUUGUAGCUAAAGAAGACCCAGUCAAGAAGCAAGCAGCCUAGCCAAAACAAGAACUCAACCAUGAAGACACCUCUCCCAAACUCAACCAAGGGAACUACAUCAGCCCACCACCAUACCAUGGCCCCGGAAAUCAGCUUAGGCGCUUUUAAUCGAGUCAAGAUAGAUGGAAAAAAUGUUGGGGCGGCAAUGCUCGUACGUCGUGGUGGCACAGGGGAACCAGAAGGUUGCUGUUGCAUCAACAUUUAUGUUAACAACAACAUUCAGGGGGCAACACAUACCCUUUUGCUGGGGAGCAGCAUAAAAAUGCAGGAUCCUGGGGUUCAUUUCCAUUUCAAUGAAGGAUCUACGGAAUCAAAGACCUGGAGUGCCAGGCUUGGAAUGUUAGGCGUGCUUUUAGUCGUAUUCAUUUCACUCCUGUUUCUAUCCCUUCUGUUGCUCCUAUAAAUGCAUCGUUUUUGGCUUUUUGCAGCUUCAUUCUGUCAUUUGCCAAUUUUUUAGCAAUCGAUUGGUAUUAUAUAUAUAUAUAUAUAUAUGAGUUAAUUUAUGCACAUCAAAUUAAUUCAUACUUUUUCU